AAUAGCCUGUAAUAUAAUCUCAGUAUGUCGCUUUUCUAGAAUAGCUAUAAUGAUGUUUACGGUAGUUUCUUACUCAUCAUUUCUAUGCAGUACGGUAGGAUUAUAUAAAGCUGAAUUGGCUUCGGUCUGUUCCGACUAAUACUGCCCAUCUGUGCGCUCUGACCGCAUCAGCGCCUCUCGCAGCUCUGGACACCGACAGUCCUAUUUGACAAAUUCAUUCUUUUUAAUAUUUUCUUCCUGUUUAUUUUUGAUACAUUCGGGGUAUAAUUUCUCUAAUAAGGGAUCCAAACAUCAAGAUGAGCUCAAUCAGUGUGAAAAAGCUGAAAGUGAACGAGCUGAAGGACGAACUGAAGAAGAGGAAUCUGUCUGAUAAAGGACUGAAGGCCGAUCUGAUGAUCCGACUGCAGGCCGCUCUGGAUCAGGAGGCGCUGUCCACCGAUACCAAUGGUGCUGAAAGACAGUACGAGGACGGAGGCGGCCUCAGUUACAUGGGCGAUGAAGACCUUGAGGAAGAUCUGGCUGGAGAGAGCAUGGAGGCCGAUGAAGAGGAGGAGGAUGGAGAUAACGCGGAGGCUGGGGAGCAGAAAGAAGAUGACAUGGAGGAGGAUGCCGGCGUAGAGAUGGAUAAAUCAGACGAAGAUGACGAGGAUGCGCUUCUCAAAGAAGAUGAUGAAGAGAUGGAGAAAUUUGACGAGGAUGAUGUGGCUCUUGAAAUCAGCACUGGAGAUGGGGAUGCGGACAAAGACAAGAGUGAUGAACAGAAGAAUAAGAAGGGUGUAAAGAGAUGUCGAGAUGAACAUGGAAGGGGCUACUUUGAAUUUAUUGAAGAAAGCAAAUACAGCCGGGCAAAGUCUCCCCAGCCGCCACUGGAGGAGGAGGACGAAGAGUUUGAUGACACCACUGUCUGUCUGGACACCUACAACUGUGACCUGCACUUUAAAGUGUCUCGGGAUCGGUAUAGCGCCUCCUCUCUCACCAUGGAGAGCUUUGCCUACCUGUGGGCAGGAGGACGAGCAUCUUAUGGUGUGGCAAAGGGCAAGGCUUGCUUUGAAAUGAAGAUUAUUGAGAAGAUACCCGUAAAGCACAUUUCCAGUAAAGGAAUGAAGAUCCAUGAUGUCCUAGUGGGUUGGUCUCUGCCGAAUAGCUCCCUUCUGCUAGGGGAGGAAGCAUACUCCUAUGCCUUUUCUUCAAAGGCUAAGAAAACCAGCAACUGUGUGACAGAGGACUUUGGAGAGGCAUUUGAUGAGAACGAUGUUGUUGGUUGCUUUAUAAACUUUGAUGGUGCAGAAGUUGAGAUUUCCUUCUCCAAGAACGGACAGGAUUUGGGAACAGCUUUUAAAGUCAAUAAGGCAGAGCUCGGGGAAAAGGUACUCUUUCCUCACGUCCUCUGUCACAACUGUGCAGUUGAGUUCAACUUCGGCCAGCUAGAAACACCGUUCUUCCCUCAGCCGGAUGGCUUUAGAUUCCUACAGCAGAUCCCUGUUUGUGAUCGCAUCAGAGGACCAAAGGGGCCCGAGACCAAAGAAGACUGUGAGGUCAUUGUCAUGGUUGGACUGCCUGGAUCUGGAAAGACAGAAUGGGUUUCAAAGCACACACAAGCCAACCCAGGCAAAUAUAACAUCCUUGGAACCAACACAAUCAUAGAGAAGAUGAUGAUUUCCAGUUUGAAAAGGCAGAUGAAGGAUGUUGCAAAGAUCUCAGCAAUAUCUCAGCGUGCGCCGCUGUUCCUCGGGAAAUUCAUUGAGAUUGCUGCACGGAAAAAACGCAAUUACAUUCUUGACCAGACUAACAUAUCAGCACCAGCCCAGAGAAGGAAAAUGUGCCUGUUUGCUGGUUUCCAGCGUAAAGCUGUGGUAGUCUGCCCGACGGAUGAGGAAUACAUUCAGCGGACACAGAAAAAGGCAGAAACUGAUGGCAAAGAUGUGCCUGAACACGCGGUAUUAAAAAUGAAAGGAAUAUACACAUUGCCUGUGGAAGGUGAAUGCUUCGGUGAAGUGGUUUAUGUCGAGCUGCAGAAGGAGGAAGCUACUAAACUUCUUGAACAGUAUAAGGAGGAAAGCAAAAGUUCCCUUCCACCUGAGAAGAAGCCCAACCAGGGAGGCAAUCAGCUGAAGAGAGGAGGUAACCGGGGACGAGGAGGCAAAAAUCCGUUCAACCGUGGAGGUGGACAGGGACAGAGAGGAGGACGAGGAGGAUUUCAAAACAGAGGCAACUUUAGGGGCGUACCUGGACCUCGUGGUGGAUUCAACAGGCCACCAAGAGGCUUCCUUCCUCCCCCUGCCUUCCGAGGAGGCUUCAACCGUGGCAAUUUCAACCGGGGUGGUAGGAUGCCAAACAGAGGUGGUGCUCCCAGACCAGGACCUGGUCGUGGCAAUAUGGUUCACAUGGGCAACAGAGGAGGAGCCAUGCACAGGGGCAACAUGGCCCGAGGGGGAGGUGGGAGCCGGGGCAACUUCAACCAGAAGUUCAGCGUUCGAGGAGGAAGUAACCGUGGUUUUAAAAAUGGCAACUUUAGUAUGAACAAAGUACAUGAUUUCAACCAGAGCUGGCAACAAGGGUUUUGGAAUCAGAAGCCAUGGAGUCAACAGUACCAUCCUGGAUAUUACUGAAUAAACUCAAGCUGUGCUGGACCAAGAUCAUAUCAAAAACAUCAGCUUUAACUUCAAAGCAAGUGGAACAUUUUUUUUUUUCUAAAUGUUCUUUUGAUUCUUUGCAUAUUUUACUUAGGACAUUCCACAAUUGAGAAGAAAUGACUCUGGGGCUUUCAAAAAGCUUCUCAGGUUACAUGUUGGAAUUUUUUUAGUUAUAUUUAACAUUCGUCUUUGACCGUAGGUACUUAUAUCCUUUUCCAUGACAACACGUUUAAAAUCAGGUAUCUCAAUAUGACUACAGGGUGGGAUGUUUGUCUUAAAAAAUAAUAAUAAUAAUAAUUCUGGGUUGUGAAUUUGACUUAGAAUUGCUCUUAUGUGGAUCUUCGUGUAGCAGUAAAGCAUCGUAAUAUAUCAGAAAAAAAUGCUGACGCACUUUACAGUUACGGUAUAAGAAUAUUUGUCCUGCUGCAAUAAUAUUUUUUAGUUACAAGAACACUAAACAUUUAAUAUAUAAACUAGGAUGCUGAAAUGGAAUGGAAUUUUGUACAUGAAUGGUGGUCAACAUUUCCAGGUUGUAUGUUAAGGUCUUGCCAAAUUGAUUACAAGAACUGAAAAUGUCCACUGUAAUUGUACUGUAGUUAUUGUGAGUGUGAAAUAGUUAAGAUUGCUAAAUUUAGGAGAUUCUUGAUUUAAAGUUUGUUGUCUGUACAUAAAUUAAGGUGCUAAAAAGUCUGUACCUCUAGAUAAACAUUUGUCCAGUAUAAAAAAAGCUAUGUUAGUUGUCUGCAAUGUCCUAUCCUUGUUACCAUUUAAAACAAUGCAAUCCAUAGUUCUAAAUGUCACCAGUGCUACUCGAACUGCCCCGAGCGGGAUUCAAACUGGCAACCCCCAGCAUAGGAGUCAGACAUGCUAGCAAGGAGGCUAGUGCAUCUCUUAAGGCUAGGAGAUUCACUUGCAUUUUUUUUUUUUCUCCCCUUAUCUCCCCAAUUUGGAUUGCCAAAUUCCCAAUGUGCUCUAAGUCCUCAUGGUAGCUUAGUGACUCGCCUCAAUCCAGGUGGCGGAGGACGAAUCUCAGUUGCCUCCGCGUCUGAGACCGUCAAUCCACGCAUCUUAUCACGUGGCUUGUUGAGCGCAUUAUCUUUACUCGCUGAGCUACCCAGGCCCCCUAUAAGCAUCAUUUUCAAUUAUGUGCCAUUAAGUAGUAAAAGCAAAAAAGAGAAAUGCUUUUCAUUAUUGCUUUUCAUGUAAACAGUUGCAAACAGGUUAAAGAUAUUUCAAAUGUAGUUUAUACUCUGUGCAUUAAUGACUUUUCCCCAGUAAUAUUGCAAUUUCAGCAAGAAGUCAUAUUAUUAUGUUUGGAAAUCAGAGCUUACUGCUCCUUAAAGAUUUGAGCUUAUUGCAUGAAUUCUUUAAAUUUUUUUGCUUUGUAUAUGUUUUUUUUUUUUUUUAAGUGUACAAGGUUUACAAGUCAUUUGCAGUCUUCUAUGAUGUGAUGUGAGCACAUCUUAGAUGUGGCCACAAUUUUCUGUAGGUCUGUAAAAAUUUGUAGUUUGCUCUUAUUAAAUUGCUUAAACAAUUCUUCUAGAAUUUCUGAAUACAUUAUCUUACUCUUCUGAAAUGGUUGUUACACAAUUAUUGGUAGCCUAUGUUUUUUUUUCCUCUAUAUUUUAUUUGAAGCUGAAUACAAAAUCAGGAUGGCCUUUUUUUUUUUUUUUUUUUUUACCAUUUUAAUUUUUUAAGAAAUUGUGAGGAUUUCCUGCUGCAGCUGCAAACAUCUUUGAACAACAGAAUUCUCCAUGCAGAUUUCACACAUUUGAGGAUUUAUUUAUAUUUUCUAUAUUUCCAGGAACAGAGACAGUGUUGCAAUUUUACUUGUAGGCUGAAUUUUCUUGUUCUUAACUUGAAUUAUGCAUUUAUUGUUAUUAUUUUUUUUUUUUAGACAUUUUAGAUAAUGACAGUGUUGUUAAUAUUUUUUCCAUGUUUCCAGACCUCUGAUGCAAUUAAAUUAUUUAGCUAACUGUUGGUUUAAAUAAUAAUAAUAAUAAUUAUAAUUAUAAUUAUAAUAAUAAUAAUUUGCCAGAUAUUAAGCACAUUUAAUUUUCUGAAGUAUUACCAUUUUGUAUAAGUAAUUUAUUGAAGGCAUGUGCUGUAGAUAAAAAGUAAAGAUGUUGAUUAUAACUGAAGCUUGUUUUGGUGUUGUAUUUGUUCAUGUUUAAGGUAUUUGGUCAGGUGACAAAUAUAGUAUUGAGAUACUAACACUAAUAGACACCUUUUUUUUCUUUUUAUACCUUGCUAAGUUUUGUAUUUUAUCUUUGAAAACAGACCAAAUUAGUAACUUAUUGGAAAUAGAUUGUUUUUCAAAGAUAAUAAAGUUUGAAGAUAAAAAUUG